AUGGCACCCAAACGUACCCUUACUCCACAUGCCUUCUUUACCACUCUUUUACACCUGGUGGAUCUCGAGCAAGCGUCUGAAGUCAAAGAGACAAGCAUGUUGCUUUCUUCCACGCCGCCCACAAUCCUCGCCCGCGCAGGUCUGGCAUUAUUGUCUUUGACAAUCGCAUCUCUUAAAACCGGCAUGGGAGGUCGCACCGUCAUCGAAUUGUCACUUGACCCUGCAGUGGUCGUCAAGGGAACGAAAGGAGAACUGCCGGAGCAUGCCCUUCGUCCGGGAGACAUCGUGCGUGUGGGGGAGAUGCCCAAGGCCACCGCCAAGAAGAAAGAGGCGGCUGAGCUGAAAUCUAAAGGAGUGGAAGCGGUGGUCACUAGAGUUGGGGAGAGGUCUAUCUGGGCGGCAUUGGGAAAGGAUAGCGGGAGUGGAGAUGGGGAUCUAGAGAGUGUGCCAGAUGGACGACUUUGGAUAGUCAAACUCGCCAACGACGUUACUUAUAGACGGAUGAGCCAGGUGCUCUCGAAAUUGCUCAAGACGCCUGAAUCUUCUUACACGACACUUCAAAAUGUCCUCCUUGGCCUGUCGUCCCCGGGAACGCCGGACACGAAUGCUUUCAAGGAGCUCGAGUUUUUCGAUCCGACACUAAAUGACUCUCAAAAAGAUGCCAUCCGAUUCGCGCUCGCGUCUCCAGAUGUGGCUCUCAUCCACGGUCCACCAGGCACUGGCAAGACUUAUACUCUGAUCGAACUCAUUCUCCAACUCCUCAAGCAGAAGCUCCGAGUUCUAGUGUGUGGGCCGAGCAACAUCAGCGUGGACAACAUUGUGGAACGGUUAGCCCUGACAUCGCCAUCGACGCCGAUUGUACGGCUAGGACAUCCGGCACGUCUACUCCCAAGUGUGUUGAACCACUCGUUGGAAGUCCUCACUCGAACGAGUGAGGCAGCGGGGAUCGUGAGCGAUGUGCGAAAAGAGCUUGAUCAGAAACAGGCGUCGAUUCGCAAGACGCGCAAUGCCCGCGAGAGAAAAGCGAUCUACGCUGACAUGAAGGAUCUACGGAAAGAAUAUCGCGAACGCGAAGGCAAGUGUGUCGACGACCUGGUUAAAGGAAGUCAGGUGGUGUUGUCGACGCUGCACGGAUCUGGCGGUCACCAGACGCGGAACCAGGAUUUCGACGUGGUGGUGAUUGACGAAGCCAGUCAAGCCCUAGAGCCCCAAUGCUGGAUUCCACUUGUCUUUGGUGGCAAUCAUGUCCAAAAACUUAUUCUUGCAGGCGAUCACUUGCAGCUACCUCCUACGGUCAAAGGCGGGGAUGACAAGGAGAACAAGCAGGAGAAGAAGACGGCGGUGGCAAAGCUAGGGGAAGAGCUCGCUAAACUAUCGCUGAGCGAGGAUGAAGUCAAAACCUCGCAGAAAUGGUCGCUGGAGACGACUCUGUUCGAUCGUCUCCUGGCCCUGCAUGGAUCAGACAUCAAAAGGCUGCUCAACACGCAAUACCGCAUGCAUGAGAAAAUCAUGCGAUUUCCCAGCCAGGAAUUAUACGAGGGUAAAUUGGUCGCGGCAGAGGCGGUCAAAGCCAGAUUGCUCACCGAUUUACCUUAUGAGGUGCAAAGCACUGAGGACACAACAGAGCCCCUGGUCUUCUACGACACACAGGGUGGAGAUUUCCCCGAGCGAACUGAAGAUGACGCUGAGACAUCCACGAGCAAGUCAAGGCUGUUGGGAGACAGCAAGAGCAACGAGAUGGAAGCAGCCCUAGUGGCCAUGCAUGUAGAGAAAUUGAUCGACGCUGGGGUCCGAGCGGAAGAUAUUGCGGUUGUGACUCCGUACAAGGCUCAACUGUCGGUUCUGAGCGGGCUGUUGAAGGAAAAAUAUCCUGAGAUUGAGCUGGGCAGUGUGGACGGGUUUCAAGGGCGAGAAAAAGAAGCGGUGGUGGUGAGCCUGGUGCGAAGCAACGCCGACAAGGAGGUGGGGUUUCUGGGGGAGAAGAGGAGAUUAAAUGUUGCAAUGACGCGACCAAAAAGGCAUCUGUGCAUCAUUGGAGAUUCAGAGACGGUAUCUCGAGGAAGUGCAUAUCUGAAGCGAUGGAUCAAGUUCUUGGAAGAAGAGGCCGAUUUGAGAUAUCCCAACGUUGACGAGCUUGGUCAGUGAUAGACUUGGGUGGCGCAACAUGCCAUACAUGUAGUUUGAAAACUCGGAAGCGUAUUGGAGGGAAUGUCACAAGGCCAGACCUUUCAAUAGACCAUGGAUUUUGGUACUGGCGGUGACUUUGACGCAACAGCAAUGGUGCCGUCUAACAAUUGAGUAGUCGGUGGUGAUUCAUCACUAUAUG